AUGAAGGAAAUGCCCUGCUUCUGUGUGACUUUUUCUUCCUUGUUGCAACAGAUGGUAAAGGCUUACAAAUACAUGACUGGUAUUUUUUCAGUGACUCAUACCUCAGAGCAACAGGCUUCAGAUUGCGAUAAGCAGCCGACCAAGAUGGAUGUAAGCCUACUUGAGGAGCAGUAUGACCAUAUAAAACAGAAGCAAAAGCUGCAAUCACACAUUAUUGUAUUUAAAACAGAUGAACAUGAGCCGAUUCUCCCAGAGUCGAUGGUCAGUGCUGUGUUAAUUAAUAAAGCAGUUAGAAGAUCAAAGUCAUUUAUGGAGCCUGCUCCUGUCAGAGAGGUCAGCCUGGAGCUGGGCAGCAGUGGCAGUGCCCAGGACAACUCGCUAUGGCGUACCCACCUGGGAAUUCACCGCCUGGGGCAAACUCCUUCUCCAGGAGUUACCUGGGAUCCUUCCCAGUGCGAGAACAGACCAUGCUGCUUUGACAAUCAGAGGCUGAUUCCAAAGGGAAAUGGCACCCUGCAACACACGGAACUGGAAGGAGCUUGUGAGCUAGCCGCAUGCAGACAGCUGGGAAGUUCAAGCAUGUUGAAUGGUUUCAGCAAAGAGAAUGGCAGCGAAAUUCCAAGCACCUGCCAAAAGCCUCCUCCAAAAUCAGCCACUUCAGCAGUUUGGACUCAUCAGCAUAUUCCUUCUACGAAGUGCACGCCAGCCUGCAACAAACUAAACUUCUACCCUUUCCCCAGUAAAAAAAGACCAAGGUUUCUGAAGCAGCGAGGAAGCUUGGAUUAUACAUCUCACAGUGAAGACAUUCACUAACACAUAGUCAGAACCUUGACUAAAACCUGAAACAGCAAAAUAGUCUUCCUAGAUACACUGAACAACCUGCUGAAGGUCUGCUACUCUCAUUAGCCAUGGAUGAUCCUUACUAUAGAACCUGUUGUUUUACAGUACAGUGCAAAAUGACAUGUUCUUGUGGAAAAGCUGGGCUGCAAUGACAGAUACUCACUUAGGUUAUUCAAGAGCAAUUUUGUCAUACCAGGUUACUGAUUUUAGAAACUUUCUAACACAGCAAACAGCUGCAGCACAGACCAGCAGAACUACUGAUGAGGCAACUACAUUUCAGUCUGGAAAUAUUUCAUUAGACAAUAAACAAGUAAAAUUAAAAAGUAUUGAAGGAGAUUGGUACGCUUCAAAUAUGAUUUCAUUGUUCACUUUCCUCAAAUAAAGAUAUUUAUGAUACCUUCUGAUGCACUUACAUUUUAAAAUCAACAAA